GAAGAAGCUGCAGGGUCUGCGCCGCGCUCUGGCAGCCGCCCACGCCCGCUCCUCAGCCCCGCCAGCCGGCUGGCGUCCGGCCUCUGCUGCUCGGGACGCUCGGGAGGGCGCCGCCUGGGGACACCGCCCGCGAGCUGCUCUCCGCCUCCUCCGUCUCCGCCUCCCCGGCCGGAGCCGCCCGCCCUCCCCCGGAGCUGCGCUCGCGGCGCCCGACGAGACCGGACUGGGCAGCGCAGGUGCCCGCGGCGCAGCGAGGCCGAGCAGCCCGCGCUCUGGCCCCUGCGGGGCAGAUACUUGCAAGUCUUCUGGACCUGUUUUGUGCAGAGAUGAGUGCAUCUGCUGGUGUGAUGUAACUGGAGGGCCCAGGUCAGGACAGACACAGUCAUGGGAGCCAGCUCUUCAAGCAAACAGCCAGUGUUCGAUGAAAAUGAAGAUGUCAAUUUUGACCACUUUGAAAUUUUGCGAGCCAUCGGAAAAGGCAGUUUUGGGAAGGUCUGCAUUGUACAGAAGAAUGACACCAAGAAGAUGUAUGCCAUGAAGUACAUGAAUAAACAGAAAUGUGUGGAGCGCAACGAGGUGAGGAACGUCUUCAAGGAGCUGCAGAUCAUGCAGGGCCUGGAGCACCCUUUCCUGGUGAAUCUGUGGUAUUCCUUCCAAGAUGAAGAAGACAUGUUCAUGGUGGUGGACCUCCUGCUUGGUGGAGACCUGCGCUAUCACCUGCAGCAGAACGUGCACUUCCAGGAAGACACAGUGAAGCUCUUCAUCUGCGAGCUGGCCAUGGCCCUUGACUACCUGCAGAGCCAGUGCAUCAUCCACAGAGAUAUGAAGCCUGACAAUAUUUUACUUGAUGAACAUGGGCAUGUGCACAUCACAGAUUUCAACAUUGCAGCUCUGCUGCCCAAGGAGAUGCGGAUCACCACCGUGGCUGGCACCAAGCCUUACAUGGCACCUGAGAUGUUCACUUCCAAAAAGGAAACAGGCUACUCCUUUGCUGUUGACUGGUGGUCCCUGGGGGUGACGGCCUACGAGCUGCUGCGAGGCCGGAGACCAUAUCACAUUCGCUCCAGUACUUCCAGUAAGGAAAUCGUGCACAUGUUUGAGACCGCUAUAGUGACUUACCCUUCUGCCUGGUCACAGGAGAUGGUGUCACUUCUUAAAAAGCUACUUGAACCCAAUCCAGACCAACGCUUUUCUCGCUUGAGUGACAUUCAGAACUUCCCAUAUAUGAAUGAUAUGAACUGGGAUGCAGUUUUUGAGAAGAGGCUCAUUCCAGGCUUUAUUCCUAAUAAAGGCAGGCUGAAUUGUGAUCCUACCUUUGAACUGGAAGAAAUGAUUCUGGAAUCCAAACCUCUUCAUAAGAAAAAGAAGCGUUUGGCAAAGAAAGAGAAGGAAAUGAGGAAAUGUGACUCCUCUCAGACGGGCCUUCUUCAGGAGCAUCUUGAGUCUGUCCAGAAGGAAUUUAUAAUUUUCAACCGAGAAAAAGUAAAAAGAGACUUGAAUAAAAGACAAGCAAAUCUAGCCUUGGAACAAACCAAAAGCCCACAAGAAGACAGCCAGAACAACAACCUGUAAAGCCCUCAGUGUCUGCUUGAACAUCUCUGGCAUCUCAGGCCAGAAACUUCUGAUUGUCCACUGCAGGAAGAGCUGACAGUAGUUCUUGCCACUGCACACCUCAUGCUUAGCAAUGUGAAGGCACAUCCUUCGAAGGGUGCAGCAUGAUCCAGACCGGAGCUCCUGGGACCUCACUCCACUACUAACUCACUCUGUGACCUUGAGCAAGUCAUUUAAUCCCCUUUCUGCUUCAGUUCAUCAUCCAGAAGGAAAGGGGUUAUACCAGCUGAGCUGUACCUUGCCAUUUUACUGCCACAGUUGCUAUUCUACAUGGCCUUUGUAUUUUAAAAGAAAUAUCUGGAUGUAGAUUUAUUUUUCCAUUCCUUCUGAUUACACUGUGAUGGAUGGACACCGGAUACAGUGAACUGUUUCAGAGCUAGAAAACCUCAUAAAGAGGUCAAAAUUGCAAAGCCUACAGAGGCAGGAAUGAAGAGUUUCAUGGGGAAGAAAGGCAUUGGGUCAGAUUACAGCAGCACAGGUUAGUCAGACCCUUGGUGCUGUGUGAGGAACCCAUCCACCAGGUAGCCUGAGCUUGGCAGUGAUGAGACGAUUCCUAACAUGGAAAACAGCAAAUGCUACAAAUCAGGGCAACUUUUUUCCCUUUCUACAAGCUAAUCAUUAAUAUUAGCACCCCACUUGCCUUCCUCCAGUGUGCAUGAUGUUUAAUGGCCAGAUGUCCCCUGAAAGUUAGCAGAGAUUGGCUCCAGAGAGGAUUACAACACUAGUAGUGUAUUUAGAUUUAUUUCCCAAUGUGGAGCAAUUGCAAGGAUGAGGAAUACAUUGUAAGUUAGAAGUGAAUUUGCCACAAAGUAAAAUUUAUCCUUGGAAAAUCUCUGUUAUCCCUAAUACCACGAAGGAAGCAGCUUUUCUCAGGGAGCCUGGCAUGACAAGGUGCCCUUCCAUAAGGAAAGAAGUCACUCAUUUUAUUUCAUUCUUUAUUCUUUAUUAUAUUUUGCCUAAUGUUGCAAACCAGAAUACUGAGCAAGUUUUCCAGGACCAGAAGAUUAGGAGUGCACCCAGAGCAGGAGGCCACUCACACAUUUGUGUGCUCAAGUUCAGAGCAGCCAAGGGACAGCAGUAUCAUGUCUCAUUUCCUUAUGCUUACUGCAAGAAUGGCAGGCACGAUUGCCUAUUUGAAAUACUACUCUCUUUUUUCUUUACAUUUUAUUUAUUUAUUCACAAAGUUUAACUCACUUCAAUGUGCAUAUAACUUCACUGUAGAUCUUUACAGAAGUACUAUUUUGAGCAUCCCACCAAUGACACUGGGUAGAAUCCAGCCUCGAACAGGCUUUGUGGAGGAUUGUGCUAACCUCUUAAGGAAAGAUGUUCUAGACGGUCCCUGCCAAUGCAGAGUACAGGCCUCCACGAUAACAGUAAGGUAGCAGCAGAGAAGAUCAGAAUGUCGCCGCUUUGAAAAGCUGAAUGGGUAGGAAUAGACAAGAGAAGAGAGAGAGAUAGCUGCCCACUGCUUCAGCAGCGAUUUUAGAGGAAGGUCACAUUAGGGCAGCUAAUCAUGGAUGGAAAGCUGGAGUUCAGCAUAAGAUUACCGUGUAUGAGUUAAUAGACCCAGAAUUUCUGUCCCAUUUGUGAAAUAAUGCCUCUCUGCUUUAGGAGAAACCAUGUUUUUGUUAAAAACAAAAACAAAAAAAAUCAUCUAUGUGAUUCCUUUUCUCUAAAGUUCCCAUAUGUUAGUUACCUAUGCUGUUUAGAAUUUUCCCCCCAAACAUUACAAACUCAAAGCACUUAUUAGGAUUGAUUUUUACAGAGAAGAAUGGAUUUAAAAGGAACAAUGAAAAGGUGACUGAAUUCAACUCCAGACCAGUAACACCACAAGCAUCCAGUUUCCAUCCUUUGGUCUUUUAUUUAAACCUUGAGGUGCUGCGGACUUGGGUCUGCUGCCACCUGGUUCUUCCUCUUGCCGAGACCUUGCGCGCAUCCUCAAAGGAGAGCUUUCCAGAAACAUAUACCAAGGGGCAGGGGACCUGUCCGUCCUCCAAGCUGAAGAGUGCUGACGGUGUGUGCUGUUUCAUGUUUGUCCAGUUUAACUUGGGCGACAAGUCCGCACCAUCUCUGUAGUUUGAGUCCUUUAUUUUUAUUACGAGUGAGAUGAUUUCUGUGCCUGAAACACCACUGUUGACUUUCAGAACCUGGACUCGCUGAUGAGAGAACAGUGUUUGGUGAUGAAGUGGGUCUCCCCUUCAGAUGAUGGGCCACAGUGUAAUUUGAGAGAAAAAAUAGGGGGGUGGACCAGUAGUUCGGUGGUGGUGGAGGGUGUACUUAGCACAGUGGGGCCUGGGUUUCACCCCUUAAUUCAACAAAGAUGACC